GAGUGUUCCGAUUUGGACCAUAUGAAAGUCAGCCUAAUUAAUUGAUCGGGUCCUCAAGGCCCAUAACUCAUAUAUCGCUUAUCCAAACCCAAGCAAAAUCCGAACUGAUGAAUCCCUUCACCACAGCCAGGAGCAGAGCUACCUUCCAUGGCACUGUCAGCAGCAAACUUCACCUUAAUCUCAAGAUCUUCUUCCAUUUUCCUGCGCAAGAGAAGCUAUGCUCUCCGUCUACACUUUUCAUCUAUCUCAACUUCCUCCGCCGCCGCCCUUCCUUCUGAUAAAGCACACUCCCAUAAGAAGUGGCUCCGGCCGGCGGCCGCCUCGCUUGUCGAGCUUGGAGGUGUAAAGAUAGCCAGAGAAGAGAUAGUUAAGGAUGACCCAACAAACAAUGUUCCCGAUUCAAUUUUCUCGAAGCUCGGUAUGCAGCUUCAUAGGAGGGAUCGACAUCCUCUUGGGAUACUAAAGAAUGCAAUCCAUGACUAUUUCGACACCAACUACCCCACCAAAUUUGACAAGUUCGAUGACUUAUGCCCAAUAGUUUCUGUUAAAGCUAACUUUGAUGAUGUGUUGGUGCCUGCCGAUCAUGUAAGCAGGAGUUAUAAUGACACUUAUUAUGUGGAUUCUCAAAUUGUCUUGAGGUGCCACACUAGCGCACAUCAAGCUGAGUUACUUAGGGAAGGUCACACUCAUUUCCUUGUUACAGGAGAUGUUUACAGAAGAGAUUCUAUAGACUCCACUCACUACCCUGUGUUCCAUCAGAUGGAAGGAGUACGUGUUUUUUCUCCGGCUGACUGGGAAGGAUCUGGUAAAGAUGCCACGUCAUAUGCUGCUGAGGAUUUAAAGAAAUCCCUUGAGGGCUUGGCCCGCCACUUAUUUGGUGGUGUGGAAAUGCGUUGGAUUGACACUUAUUUUCCAUUUACCGAUCCUUCCUUUGAGUUGGAAAUAUUUUUUCAGGAGAAAUGGUUAGAAGUGUUGGGCUGUGGGGUGAUGGAGCAAGAAAUAUUGAAGAAAAGUGGUAAAACAGAUAAUGUCGCGUGGGCUUUUGGACUUGGACUCGAACGGCUAGCAAUGGUUUUAUUUGACAUUCCAGAUAUUCGUCUUUUCUGGACAACGGACGAGCGUUUUACUUCACAAUUCUCCAAAGGACAGCUCGGGGUUAAGUAUAAACCAUUUUCGAAGUAUCCUCCGUGUUAUAAGGACAUGAGUUUCUGGAUAAGCGAUUCAUUUACAGAAAACAACCUAUGUGAAGUUGUUAGAGGAAUAGCGGGGGAUCUUGUUGAGGAGGUGAAAUUGAUCGAUGACUUCACUAACAAGAAAGGAAUGACGAGUCACUGUUACAGAAUUGCAUAUAGGUCAAUGGAACGGUCACUCACCGAUGAGGAGAUUAACGAUUUACAGUGGAAAGUGCGAGAACAAGUGGAGACGAAGUUGAAAGUUGUUCUGAGAUGAUAGUACUGAAAUACUGAAAAAUCCAAUGCUACUACGUGAAUUAGCAGCAACUUAAUUUGAAGUGGAUUGUAUUGUACAGGAAGAUUUGUCAAGCAUCAUUUGGAUUACCAGGUAAUAAUGUUAUCUGUCUUGUAAUUUUUCAGCUGGGACACUUAAGAGUUGCUAAAGAAACUGCUAUGUAGAACACUUAACAGAAAGGUUCAACAUUUUGCUCGUGAUGAAUACUUGGAUUAUCUGAUUAUAUCGUUGAGAAAGAAAGUUAUACUUUAAAUUUUGUCAGAUAUAUAGCGCUCGCUACUGAUAUAAUUUAACCAUGAGCUUGUAGCUCAAGUGGUACCUUUCACUGACUUGUAAAGAUCUUUGUAAAGGUGUUAAGACUUAUUGAUACAGAGUUCAACUAUGUACCUUGUAGUUACUUAGGGCGUGAUUGGAUGUGAAUCGAAAUUUUGGUCGGUUAAAGUGAGUUAUUUUGAAUAAAGUUGAUUGAGUGGAUGAUUUUGAGUUAGUAAAUUGGAAACAAAAUAACUCAAUCGGUCAAAAUCGAUUAA